GAACAACAGAAGCUGUUGAAAUUAAAGGAGCAAAGUGAUAACACUAUAAAGAAGCUCAAUUCUGAGAUUCAGGUAAAUGAGACUUAUUUUUUUUAUCUUAUUGACUAGAAGUGAUCGUCCACUUUAUUUUGGUUUUUAAAAGUUUUACCUUUGGGUUGAAUUGUGCCACUGAAUGAUGCAAAAAAUCUUCAAAAGAGCAUGUUUUGCUUCAACUGUUACUUUGAAGGUUUAUUUUUUUUCUUUUUUCAGGGAAUGAAAUCCAUUCGCGUUAAGCUUAUGCGUCAAAUGAAAGAAGAGUCUGAACGCUUCAGAGCACUGAAGGAGCAGAAAGAGAAGGAGAUUUAUCAGUUGAAAGAACAAGUUAGCUGCAAUUUGAUAAGAUCUUGCAAUGUAAAUUCCUUAGUUUCGGGCGCUUGCACCCAGGAUUGCAGGUUUCUUAGUACUUAACUGAGACCUAGUGACAAAAACUUGGUAACCCAACAGCUUUGCAAUGGCUUACAAUCAAACCGAUCCAAAUACACAACCCCUUCAAGGGCGCAUGUCAGGGUUCCCAGAGAUGAAAAGUUAGCAUGAGUAUUUAUAAAUAUAGGGAGCUUAAGCAACGGCGACGGCAUCGAGAACGGCAAAAAAGCAAUAGGUUUAGAUUGACAAAACAACAACUUUGCACAUGCUCACGCCUUUUUGUACAUUUCUCAGCCGUCAUUGCAUGACUACGACGUGAAAGUGCCUAAUUUCACGUUUUGUCAAGGACGAGAACACAACUUUCUUUCCUUUUCUUGAACUUGGAUAGAUUCCUUUAGAAUUAAACUCCACUAGAAAAUUUGCCAACAUUUGACGAAUUAAACGAGAUGGAAUAAGUUUGAGGCAGCGCGAAUUCACUUUUUAAGUGACUUUUUUGUAGCCGUCGCCGUAGUUGUUGCUUAAACUCCGGUUUCUCGACCCUGCGGGUUUCAGUUUAGCCUUGAAAUGAGGUAGGGGCCCGGGCUCCUCCCUUAAAUCCGCCACUUCUUUCAUCAUGGUGCGUGGCACAUUGGCUUUCAAACUGGUAAUCUUAAUGACGACUGUUUGAUCCAGAAAAUAGGCCCGUUACUUGUUCCCCUUUUCAACGUUUUAGUGCAAUUGCGGCUACAAGUGGCUUGCCUUGGAUAGCCCUUAAAGGUGCGCAUAGAAGGAAGAAAAGGCUCAUAAGAUAGCAUUCCUGGUAGUUUAAACGCCCCUUUUUGGUGUCAUAAACUUAUAUUUGUCAACAAUUUUUAGGGCCGCAAAAGGCAGUUCGAGUAUAAGAAGUUGGAGUCCAUACACGUGAAGCAACAGGCAGUUCUCAAAAGGAAAACUGAAGAGGUAUGCAUACAUGCUAAUCGUUUUGGUUCAGUUUUUAUCCACAAACGUCUGGUCGACUUGUGCGUAGUGGUUAGUACCUCGUUUCAGUGAAACUCAUCGCUUAUCUAAAAAAAAUCCGCGUUUUGUUCAGUUACAACGUACAACCCUGCUGUUGCCUCACCCACAGAACAACUUUACGAGCAAAUGACAUCUAAUCCAGCCUUUAAAAAGAGAAAUAUACAAAACGCCAACGCUUAUCUCUUGGAGCGAAACUCUUUAGCCACGUAUCACACUCUACCGAGCUUGUACUUAUGUGUUUGGCUUGUUAACACUUUGACUUCAACAGCAGAUUGGUUCUCGGAUAAUCUACAUUUGAGCUCCAGCCGAUAUUUGCGAACAAUGUGAAAGGAAUUUAACCACUCGUUUAAGCAGACGUUAGUGGGGCAGGAACGCGUGACGAACCCCUGAGAACGUCUGCGUGGGAGGCUAGGAUUCGGUUGGCUCCGUCGGCGCUCACGUUUCUACUGCUAAACAAAUUCAGUGUAGCGAGGAACUAUCGUGAGCAGCUAUUCAAACAGCAGAGUUCUUGUGUUUCUAGGUUGUAGCGGUGCAAAAGCGCCUCAAGAUGGCACUUGAACGCCAGAAGGUGGCGGCAGAAAAGAAAUCUACCCACCAGCAACACCAACAAAAACAAGCAGAGGGCCUCAUGCCCAGAAUGAAGGUAAGAAUGUCAUCCUGCCUCUAG